AGUAAGUUAAGUUAACCAUAGAUGGGAAAGAUAUGAUUCCCGCCAUAUUCCGAAAUUUGAAAGGGUUCCGUAACUAACUUUCUCUAACAACACCAAAACCAUCACCAUGUCUCUCUUGUUCCUCCUCUUCUUCAUCUCCCUCCUCCCGUCAACACUCCCAGUCCCGAGCAUCGGCGUCACGUACUCCGCCCCGAGGCGGUCUGCUCCGUCGGCGGAGCGCAUCGGCGGCGGCCUCCGGCGGCUGAAGACGGAAUCCCUGCGGCUGGAAGAGUCAGACCCGUCGAUCACCCGAAGCCUCCUGUACACGAACACGUCCCUCUUCCUGACAAUCCCAAACUACAUGGUAACGCCGAUAGCACAGAACCGGUCGACGGCAGUGUCGUGGCUGUACACGAACGUGGUGCCGUUCUACCCGCGCGUGAACAUCACCAGCAUCUCCGUGGGGAACGCCUUCCCCGACGUCUACCCGCGGUCCAUCGACGACCUCCUCCCGGCAAUCGCCAACGUCCACGUCUCCCUCCGCGACCUCGGGAUCCGCAAAAUAACGGUCUCCACCUCCUUCUCCUUCGUCACGGCGAUAUCCUCCCCCUUCCCCCCCUCCUCCGCGCAGUUCCAAGAACCCCCCGGCGCCACUCUCUUCGGCCCUCUCCUCCAAUUCUUGCACGACACCAACUCCUCCUUCUUCAUCAACCUCUACCCCUACAACCUCUACCGCCUCCGCCCCGAGAUCCCUCUCGGCAUCGCGCUCUUUCAGGACCAUCCCUUCAACUUCCGCGACGACUUCACCACCGGCGUUAGGUACCGCAACUUGUUCGACGUCAUGGUCGAUGCUGUCGUCUCCGCGCUCGCCGUCGCCGGCUACGAGACUGUGCCCGUGGUGGUCACCGAGACCGGGUGGCCGGGCCCCGGGUGGCCGAGCGGGAGCGGCGCCGCCGGUGAGUUGGACGCGAACUUGGGGUACGCGGAGAUUUACAUGCGGGGGCUGGUGAAGCACCUUAAGUCGGGGAUGGGGACGCCGCUGCUGAGAGAGGGCGUGCGCGAGGUUUUCGUUUAUGAGAUGUUUGAUAGGGACGAGGGGAGUGGGAGUGGGAGUGGGAGGAGUUGGGGGCUUCUCUUUUCUAAUGGAACUUCCAAGUACCAUCUCGACUUCUCCUCUUCCUCUUCCUCUCUUUCGCCUCUCAACCUCCCCCUCCUCUUCGCUUUCUCGCUUUUCCUUCUGUUACUUUGA